GACAGAACACAAACGCUCGUCUUGUUUCUGUCCGGAUCGUUUUAUAGUGUGGCCCUACCGGAAGUCGCCAUUGAGUAGCUUUACAACGAACGAGAAAAACGCGUUACUUUGUUUAUCCUCUGUCGUCGCUCUUGAAAUCUACGUUUGAUCCCUCCAGAACAUCGGGACUAUCAUCUCAUCUCAGCGACAAUGACCGACAGAUACAACAUCCACAGUCAGUUGGAGCAUCUACAAUCUAAAUACAUUGGCACAGGACACGCCGACACCAGCAAAUGGGAGUGGUUGGUGAACCAGCACAGAGACUCUUACUGCUCCUACAUGGGUCACUUUGACCUGCUCAACUACUUCUCCGUCGCUGAGAACGAGAGCAAGGCACGCGUCCGUUUUAAUCUGAUGGAAAAGAUGCUUCAGCCAUGUGGACCACCUGCAGACAAACCCGAUGAUGCCUAGAUCACAGCUGAGAGAGCGAGUGAUCUUUGUUUUUGGGACAUUAUUUUCAAUAUUCUUCAAAAAAAAAAGAGCUGUCAUCUGUCAAGUGCUUGCAUUAAAUGAUGGAGUUGCAUUUUUUAUUGGAAUUAUCAGCUUUUUUAAAAUUUGAAUUAAAUGUUUUCCUUUGA